CGCAUGAUCGACAUCCGGCAAUUUGCGGAGACUCCUAGAGCCUCCAAGGAGCUUAUGGCUUGUGUGAAGGCUCUUCGCAGCCAGAAGCUCCUUCAGGCGUGUGUUGUGCCGCGCAUGAGUGUAGAUUUUCUCUUGCUUGACAACGGCACCGACUUGCUGCACGUGCUGUACACGCCACCCUUACGUGCAUACAACUCUGCUACCAACACGAUGCAGGAAGCCGUUCUGGUGCCCGCUCAAGUAGGCGGCAACACCGCGCGGAUGGAGCACGAAACCCAGCCACGCACUGGAUGGACGGUCGACAUGAUCAAGCAAACGUGCCCUUGCGCGUACCACUUCAAGUGCGCCUGCUGCGUUCACCAUGCAACAGCGAGAACGCAGCAACGGGGAAGGAGACGAAGUGCUGAUGAACCGCCAUGCUCCCAAGCGUAA